GCGAGCAACUCACGCGCAGUUGAUGUUACGACCACAGGGAAAUCAACCGUUGACACUUUCUCGUUCGAACUUUAAAACUAUCCAAAUAUCCAUAGACUAUUAUACAGUUCAACAUGGCAAAUUAAGUGCAUUAAAAUAUAAUUGAAUCCUGCACAUGUAGUCGAUUAAAAUGAAGACUUUUAUAAAACAGGCUUUCGUGGUAUCAGGUGCAGCGCUUAACAUCGUCGGUCAUGGCUGCGCUCACGGCUACCCAGCUGUGCUGUUUGCACAGUUAAUACGAGAUGGUGGACCUGUCACGUUGACUGACCAUGAUACUUCAUGGAUAGCAUCAUCAGUUGGCCUCAUGGGUAUAGUCGGUAACUUCAUAUCACCUGUCUUCAUGUCAAAACUUGGCAGACAGAAGUCACACUUCAUCUCAACAAUACCUGCUCUUCUUGGCUGGAUAAUCUUUAUAUUUGGAAAUACAGUCCCAAUGUUCCUCCUUGCAAGAUUUCUCCAUGGCCUUGCAUUAGGACUACGAACUCCGUUAGCCGCAAUUCUGGUAGCUGAGUAUACUGAACCAAGGUACAGAGGGGCAUUUUUGGGAACGUUCGCGAUUUCAUUAGGUCUCGGAAUUCUGCUAUCCCAUAUUUGGGGAGCCUAUUUGUCUUGGAAGAAUACAGCGAUUGUCUGUUCUAUGUUCCCAAUUAUAUCAAUGGUCAUCAUCAGUCUUUCUCCAGAAUCACCAUACUGGUUGGUUUCCAAAUCCAGGUUCGAAGAGGCUAAAAAGGCCUUUAAAUGGGUUCGCGGUGAUGGGGAGCAACAGAAUGAAGAAUUAGAAAAAAUGAUACAGACGCAAGAACGUGAACUGAACGAAAAUGGGAAUGGAAAGGAAAUUUAUAGAAGUUUUAGUAUUACGAGGUACGUGUUGAAUUCAUUCAAAAGUAUAAUGAAGAUCUUUAAGAAAAAAGAGUUCUUUAAGCCAUCGAUCGUCGCAAUCUGCAUGCUAAUAGUAUUUGAAUUUGGAGGUGCGCAUAUGCUGGCGGCCUAUGGAAAUGUCAUCCUUCAAGCAGUGUUAAACAAGGAGAACUUGACUGAUGUCACUUGGCAGUUCACUGUGAUUGAUUUCUUAAGAACAAUUUGUGCGUUCUUAGCGAUAUUCUUGCUGAAGAAUUUUAAACGAAGGACAAUUUUAUUCACAAGUGGUGUUAUGACAGUUUUGUCUCUGACAACAAUAUCAGUGUUUAUGUAUGCGAGAAAUUCUGGAUAUAUGAACCAGGCGUGGUUGGUUGAUGUGUUACCUAUGGUAUUAAUGAUAACGUAUACUUUCUCAUUUUGUAUAGGUAUUGUACCGUUAAACUGGGUCAUAUGUGGCGAAGUAUUUCCUUUAGCUUACAGAAGUUUAGGUUCAACGCUGUCUACGUCUUUUCUGACACCCGCCUUUGUGAUUUCUAUGAAGACAGCACCACAUUUAUAUUCGUCAAUAGGUGUAGAGGGUGCUUUUCUAGUCUAUUCCGCUACAUUAACAUUUUGUCUGUCGGUUAUGUACGUAUUGUUACCUGAAACAAAAGAUAGGACUUUGAUUGAAAUAGAGAAUACGUUUAAGGGUAUCAGUACAUCAGAUAAAGAAGUACAAUUAAGUUUAUUGGAAAAGCAAGUAAGUUCCGUGUAACGUACCUAUGUGAUAAACCCGAAUUUAUUAAUUAUUUCAGUAUUGAUAAUGUUUUAAGUUAGAUAUGCUAUUACUCAAGUGAACUGUGAUGGUUGCCCAAUGUCCUGUUUUGGUUGUGAUUAGGAAAAUGUAGUAUUUCGUGUUUGGAUAUUCCAUGUUAUGGAUUAAUGUAAUGCAAGAUGCAAAUAGGUAAUUUAUUACUGGCAGAAAAAUAUACAUUUUAUCAUGUUAUACUGUAAAUACAUAUUUAUGCAAUAAAAACACUUAAUGACUAUCGUUAUUUUGCAUGAAUUUCAAAUUAAAAACUGUCUUAUAGUAAACAUUUGGUUAAAUUUAAAAUAGAAGAUGUAUAUUUUACUUGUACUUCUAGUGGCAAUUUACGAAAAGUAUAAAAGUACGGAAUUGCUCGUAUAAUUUCAUCAGGCGUUUUAUAUUUUAAACUGUACUAUUUGUACACAUUAUUUAGCUCUAUUAUUAUAUGAUGAUACACAAACUCUGCCUAUUAUUAUAUUUAAAUUAAGUUUCUAAUAAAUGUGUCAAGUUUUUAUUAAAUUA